CUCUGGAGCGCCGCCGUUGUGCUUGGAUUUCCACCCCUGCCUGUCCUGCUGCCCUGACAGCCGAGCCCACCUCCGUCCACCUUCCCCCACCCCUAAGGACAGUUGUUCCCCUCCUUUCCUAUACUGUACAGUAACUGCCAUGAGGAAGAUCAACUGGCUCUCUCUCCUGGCCGGGCUUUCUUUUUAUAUCAACGGAAGUGACACAGCCGAUGCUGAGGAGAGGCUGAUGAACCACCUCCUGAACACAUCUCGCUACAACAACUUAAUCCGCCCUGCCUUCAACUCCUCGCAGCUGGUUGUUAUAGAAUUGCAGGUUAUCCUGGCCCAGCUUAUCAAUGUGAAUGAGCGUGAACAGAUCAUGACUACCAACGUCUGGCUCAAUCAAGAAUGGACGGACUACCGCUUAGCUUGGGAACCCUCGGAGUACGAAGGCAUCAAUAAGCUGAGAAUACCAGCUAAGAAAGUCUGGCUACCAGACAUUGUUCUAUACAACAAUGCCGAUGGAACAUAUGAAGUCUCUGUUUACACCAACGUGAUCGUGAAAAAUAAUGGGAGCAUGUUGUGGCUGCCUCCAGCCAUCUACAAGAGCGCCUGCAAAAUCGAAGUGAAGCAUUUCCCCUUUGACCAACAAAACUGCACCUUGAAGUUCCGGUCAUGGACUUACGAUCACACUGAAAUCGACAUGAUCCUUAAAACCGGCUCGGCCAGCAUGGAUGACUUCACCCCCAGUGGUGAAUGGGACAUUGUGGCACUCCCGGGGCGGCGAACUGAGAACCCCUUGGACCCAAACUACGUGGAUGUCACAUACGACUUCAUCAUUAGACGGAAGCCUCUUUUUUACACCAUCAACCUCAUCAUCCCUUGUGUGCUCAUAACAUCCUUGGCCAUCCUCGUCUUCUACCUGCCGUCAGACUGCGGAGAAAAGAUGACGCUCUGCAUCUCCGUCUUGCUCGCUUUGACUGUGUUCUUGCUCCUGAUCUCCAAAAUCGUCCCCCCAACAUCGCUGGAUGUCCCAUUGAUUGGGAAGUACCUGAUGUUCACAAUGGUCCUGGUGACCUUCUCCAUUGUGACCAGUGUCUGCGUGCUGAAUGUGCACCACAGGUCUCCCAGCACCCAUGCCAUGCCUCCCUGGGUGAAGGUGGUCUUCCUCAAGAGGCUGCCCAGCUUCCUGUUCAUGAAGCGCCCAGAGAAUAACUCCAUGAGGCAAAGGCUGUCCGGUAGCAGCAAGAGGAGCAAAGCAGACCUGUUUUGCAGCAGCCCGUCGGACCUGUACAAGGGCUCCUCCACUUACUUUGUGAACACGGCCUCUGCCAAAAAAUACGACCUGAAACUGGCGGAAAACCCUGAUCACAUUGGCAGCCAUCAGGAUGUCAGGCUACGAUCAUCAGCAAAGUUUUCCCCUGAGGUCCAGGAAGCUAUUGAGGGAGUCAGUUUCAUAGCAGACCACAUGAGAAGUGAGGACAACAAUGAGACUGUUGUUGAAGACUGGAAAUAUGUUGCCAUGGUAGUGGACAGACUGUUUCUCUGGAUAUUUAUCUUUGUUUGUGUGGUGGGGACUGUUGGAUUAUUCCUGCAGCCGCUGUUUCAAAACCACUCAGUUGGCGUGAGCCCUUAAACUGGGCGAAUCCAAGACCUAGGAUUGCUUAUUCACUGACCGGGCUGGACUCUGU